AUGGUUCUCCGAUCAGCCAACUCCCCAUUUACCCCCGAAUUCGACCGUCUGGUCCAGGAACAGCUGGAAAAAUGGAAGGUUCCCGGCAUCACCAUUGCAGUCGUCCACAGAUCCAGCACUUACUCCAAGGCCUACGGCAUUGCCGAGUUCCCCACAAAGAAGAUGACGACCGACUCCCUCUUCUCCACCUGCAGCACCACCAAAGCUUUCACGGCUGCGGCAGUAUCUCUGGCAAUAGACGAACGGAAAUCAUCCUCCUCCCCCAUCAACUGGGACACGCCCAUAUCGUCCUUGAUCAGAGAUGACUUUAUCCUCGCAGAUGACCACACCACUUGCAACACCACAAUCGAAGACGCUUUAUCCCAUCGAUCCGGGCUCCCGACCCACGUAUAUGCCACUCUCCUGGCCAACCCGAAUGAAACCUUACGCCAUGCAGUUCGGAACCUCAGACAUCUCCCGCUUGCGUGUGCACCGAGGACAACCUUCGCCUACAGUAACCAGAUGUACAUGGCCAUCUCGCAUGUCCUCGAGCAAAUCAACGGCGAAAGUCUCGGCACGACACUCCAGAAACAGAUCUGGACCCCACUCGCCAUGCAUGAUACGUAUUUUGAUGUCCAAGCCGUCAGUCGAGACCCAUCGACGGCACCCAGACUAGUUCGCGGCUACACCUGGGCCCCGGAAGCAGAACAGUACGUCAGUGAGCCCUACCUCGAUUAUGCCGCGAUGACGGGCGCAAGUGCAAUGGUCAGCACGGUCCUGGACUACACUAAAUGGUUGAGAGCGAUGAUUUACCGAACCGGUCCGAUUUCGACGGAGGGCCAUGCGGCCCUUCUUCAUCCUCGAUCUAUCAUUUCAAACACUGAUGAUAUCGUGGCUCCAAAGGCCCCGUAUCAUCUGUACGCUCUCGGAUGGUUCAUAGACCAGAUUGACGGCGAGCAGCUGUAUUGGCACAGUGGGAGCUGGCCUGGGUUCGGAAUCAUGGUGGGGUUUAUCCCGGACAAGCAGUGGGGGUUUGCCAUGAUGGGGAACGCAACCUCUGCGAGAAACGUGGCGCAGGAGCUAUAUCUCUACCUGAUUGAUCAGCUGGGAGUAAACCAUACUCCCAAGGAUGGAGAGAGAGUGACCAUCAAACAGGAGACGACGCAGAAAAAUACUGGGCUAGACCGCUCCGACGACACGAAGAAGAAACUCUACCCUUGUCUCCCUGAUCCUCCUAUUCCCCAUUCUCUACCUCUGCAUCAAUACGCCGGUAUCUACAGCCAUCCCGCAUACGGUCCGAUUCCCCUGGUCUUGGACGAACAGCUGAGCGCAGAUCUCUCGGACCGCGCCGAAAAGCUACGUCUUGCGCUGCAGCAUGCAAGCGGCGAAUUUUUCAUCGGAUUCCUGUAUUCUCCAGGGAACGGAAGUGCCUCGCGUGAGGGUUUCAGGGUGGAAUUCGUUAUUGAUUCAACGGGGACAGCCCAGAAAAUCGGAAUAGAAUUAGAGCCUGCAUUGCGUGAGAAGAUUUGGUUUGAGCGCAUAGAUUAG